CGUGGUUAUUUUUAAUGGCCGACAUCGGCAUCUAUGUGCCAACAUCUUAAUUACAUAAUUAACAUAAUUUAGUUUGGCCGGUCACACGCAUAAAUGUUAUGUUCAUAAUUUUAUGGCUCGUUUAGUUUUUUGUUUUCGGUGGGUUAAAGACAACCGGCGAUUUGCAACAGCAACACCAUCAAUGAGCAAGUGAGACAGCAGUAGCAUGUGGGUGUAAUCAAGUGGUUUUCAUCCUUUUUCCUCUUUCCUUGUGUGUACACACUGUCCACCCUGCGUAUUAACCCUUCACUUGACGAGGGGGUUACAACACCACGGUCACAGUGAAAACCUCCUCCGGACUAACUAAAAAUUCAUGUUUACGGGUUUUCACCCGCAGGAAGCACAGCUUAUCAUCGGGAUCCAAAUCACGGACGCAACUCUGGGCCAAUUUCAGGAAACUGGCGUGCAGGUGCUUCACAAUCGACUGGGCGGUGGUCAGAUCAAAGGAUGUGUGCAGCAGACUAUCCGUAGCAUUCUCCGACACCACGAAUCCCUGGGCCUGCUCCGUAAUCCGAUGAGCGGCAAGCGGACACGAAGCUUCAAAUGUGCCGUACACCAUCGAGAUCGUGAAGUCUGCUCUGAAAACGAUUUCCAGUUGGUGCUUAACGAACCGCCACUCUUUCGGAAAAUGGUUCACGCCGUGGCCAUGGAGAUCCUGCCCGAGGAGCGGGAUCGCAAGUACUAUGCCGAUCGCUACACCUGCUGUCCGCCUCCUUUUUUCAUCAUCCUGGUCACUGUAGUGGAGCUGGGUUUCUUUGUGUAUCACUCAGUGGUCACGGGUGAGACUGCUCCAAGGGGACCCAUACCUUCGGACUCGAUGUUCAUCUACCGCCCGGAUAAAAGGCACGAGAUCUGGCGCUUCCUCUUCUACAUGGUGCUCCAUGCCGGGUGGCUCCAUCUCGGAUUUAAUGUGGCAGUGCAGCUGGUUUUCGGCCUGCCUUUGGAGAUGGUCCAUGGUUCCACAAGGAUCGCCUGCAUCUACUUUUCCGGAGUGUUGGCGGGCAGCCUGGGCACUAGCAUCUUCGACCCGGAUGUGUUCCUUGUGGGCGCCAGUGGAGGAGUCUACGCUCUGCUGGCCGCCCAUCUGGCCAACGUCCUGCUCAACUAUCACCAGAUGCGCUAUGGAGUCAUCAAGUUGCUUCACAUUCUAGUUUUCGUUUCCUUUGACUUUGGAUUCGCCAUUUAUGCUCGCUAUGCUGGCGAUGAGCUGCAGCUGGGAUCUUCGAGUGAAUUCGUGUCCAUAGAUCAGACGGAAACAGUGGUGGCUGUUUCGUAUGUGGCCCAUUUGGCAGGAGCCAUAGCUGGCCUAACCAUCGGUCUGCUGGUCCUCAAGAGCUUUGAGCAGAAGCUCCACGAGCAGCUGCUCUGGUGGAUCGCCUUGGGAACCUACUCGGCGCUGGUGGUAUUUGCCAUCGCCUUCAACAUUAUGAACGGAUUUGCCAUGUUCAACAUUCGCGUGGAGAAGAUCCGGGUGACGGAAACGUAUUUCAACGACUUCCAGGUGUGAAAUCGCAGGAGCAUUUGUUAAAGGAUAACCAAAAUUAAUUCCUUAUUUCGUAUUUAACUGAUAUUAUGCUUACAUUUUGUUCAAUGCGUUCCGUUAAAGUUUUUUAUGGUUUUCGGACGUCGAUUAAGUUUUGCGUUUAUUGUUUUGUUAGCGCUGUAUCUGUAGGAUCAGAUAUAUACAUAUAUCCCAUUGUAUGCUUACGUGUCUUUCUGCGUAAAUUAUUUCGUUUUGUUUGCUAGUUAAGUACAAACAUUAUAUCGUAAGAAUUGUAAGAGAAUAUUUACAACAAAUCGAACUGAUUAGGUGUAACAUAAUGCUCAAGGAAUUACACAUUUUCUAUGUUUACUUAAAUAUAAAUGCAGAAUCAGAAGACUUUAUUUAGGAGCUUAGAAUAAAUCUCCCAAGAAGCUGUAAAAUACAAAUAAAAAAUAUAUAUGCUUUGAGAGCUAUAUGGAAACCGAUA